AAGACCGAUAACCAGUCCUGGAACUAACAGCAAUCCAGCGCUACAGAUGGCUAUUUCUAACAAGUUCAGUUUCACCGUGAGAAGUAUUUUGGAUUUGCCAGAAAAUGACACCGAGGGCAUCGCGCACCAUUCUCCAGUGGACUCCUUCUCCGUCUCACCUUACUCAUCCUGGACUGAAAACGACAGAGGACAAUUAUCGUCAGAUGAUAGCAACCUUGAAGCUUCACCAGACUCCACCGGUCCAGAGGUGCUUUCAGUGGAUACCGAGCAUGAAAAGCGGAAGAAGCGUCGCGUGUUAUUCUCCAAGGCUCAGACGUACGAACUGGAGAGGCGCUUUCGUCAGCAGCGGUACCUGUCCGCUCCAGAACGGGAGCAGCUCGCACACCUGCUACGCCUCACGCCCACGCAAGUGAAGAUCUGGUUCCAAAACCACCGAUACAAAAUGAAGAGAGCGCGGAUAGAGUGCGCUCAGGACCUCAAUCAGCCUCCGGUUCUGCGCAGAGUCGUGGUGCCCAUUUUGGUCAGAGAUGGCAAACCGUAUCAGAACUGCACUAUUGAUGCAGAAAAAGCAAGCUGCAUCGUUCCGCCAACAGUACCAUCUUCUCCCUUCAGCGUUCAAGGUUUCCAGUCUUUACAGCAACAGUCGCCCUUUGCGCUUUUCCCCACAUACCAGCACUUUACCAACACAGCGGCCUCCCGUCACCACUUCUGUGUUUGGUGAGACUCACUUAGGACCACAUGAACAAUUGCGGGACUUAACCCACAGGACAGCGCAUGGAUUCUUCUUGAUUCAAGUUUUUUUUAUUACAAAAAGUGUUAGGUCUAUUAAAGUAGAAACUCUCAGAUAAAAAAUAAAUGCUGUUUGCACAUAUUAUAUGAUUUAUUUAGUUUUGACCAGUUGCAUUUUGUGAGAGUUUGUGAAUUAAUUGAUGUUGUAGAUGUAUUGUUGAACUGCUUGUAUUUGUUCUAAGCCAAAAGUUUAUAUAUCAGUAAGAAAAAUGUUUUAUAUUGUG